CUUAGUCGAGUAGGUACACGAUAACCUGGAUAAUUCGUCAAGAGAUAGAUGUAGGACGUCAUUCGCGAUUUCUUCAUGAAAUGAAACUACGUAGAGAUACGAAAGGAAGAUGACAACGGCAACACGGACACAUUCGUGAUGGUGGUAGUGGUGGCGGCGGCAACGGCGGUGGCGGCGGUAGUGGCGGCGACAGAACGGCGGAGACGGAGACGGCGCCGAAGCGACGUUCGGGCGAGAUCGUAGCCCGUCGGGUAGAGUCGGUUCGCCGCCUUGCCUGUGCUUGCCUGCCAUGACUGGCUGAGCGCGGCAUCGCGGGGGAGCGAGGUGGCGCGUCGGCGAGGGAAACCGCCGCUGUGAAUCCGGCGUCGUGAUUGGUCGUCGCGUGGGAGAGCCGCCCGCCCGAGCUCACCGUCGCCGACAGUCGGCACCGAGCAUUCAAGUAGGCCGUAUCGAGAUACAUUCGGCGUCGGGUCGAGAGAUAACAGAUAUACGGCGGGAACGACACCGGACACGCACGCAAUCCUCUCGAACAUUUUUGCUUUUACACGCACGGGCACGAUGACUGCUCGGCGCGUGCACCGUUCGCAACAGCAAGAGCAAGAGCAACAAUUAGAAGAACAACGACAGUGCCGUAGUUGUCGUCGUGGUGCCACAUUAGUCGCGCGUCGUCGUGUCGAUUGUACGGGCCCGUUGACGGAAUCGCAGUAUCGUGCGCUCGCGGAAACGACGUGGCCGCCGUCUUUGUGCAAAUAUGCUACGUGCAAGCCGAGCUCGCGGUGCGCGCACUGAGGGGUCCACCCGCAGCUAACGUCAAAAAGAGAGAGAACCGAGUGCGGGGAGCGAGAUCGCGAGUGCCGAGUGGAGAGAAGGAACAACGCGCUCCACUCUGCGCAUUAAUACGUCACGGCCUGUCUGCCUGUCUGCCUGCCUGCCUGCCUGCCUUCUCAUACAGUAUACAGUAAUACAGUAUACACCACCUACCUCUCUAUCCGUCGCAUCUUCCUUCUUCAACGCUUCUCUCUUUCUCUCUUGAUCAUCCUACGCCACGAUCUUCACGCCCUCCUCCUACUCCUGCGGUAGCGGCGACCUUCCCACGCGUAUCUCUCUUUCUCUCUAUCUCUAUCUAUCUCCAACAACGCAACGCCGCGCCGACCGGAAAUUAAACUCGCGCGCGAAAAGCGCGGCCGUGUGUCGCGCGACGAAGCGCGGAGAUCAACUCGCGAGAGGCGCGCCCGGCCGUCUCGUUUCGUCGUUGUCGUCGUCGUCGUCGUCGUACCGUCGGCGAGACGUUGCGCUGAGUGUUCUCAUCUGACUCAAGUAGACGCCGCGCCGAGUUCGGUAAGUUUGGUGAGCUCGUUGAGUUUAGUACGGCAGGGCCGACGGGAAUCGUGAUACGCCGCGAAGAAAUCCGGCUCUUUGUCUCGCGAGUCAAGUGGUGCGGCCUAAUCUCGUCGUUCAACUGUCAGCGCGCGACCAGUGACGGUGAACGGUUCUUUCUGUGUGCUACACAAGUUCCAAGUUCUCUCCGAUCAUCCAUUCGUGCGCGGCAACGAUUCCUCUCGUUCGGACGCGCGUUAACGAGACCCCGAAUCGAAUGUGAACAGUGAUUCUGUUGAAUUCCCGUGGUCGCGAUCGGUGAAUCUCAUUUUGAAAUUCUAGUGCCAACGAAUCGCGCCGUCGGCCGCCGUUCGAAAUCAUUGCCGACGGCGACGGACAACGUUCCGACUUUUUGAACCUCCUCGCUGUGAACUUGUCGCACCUGACCGCCUGCCCGACGGAGAAACACGGAGUCGAUUGGCAAGUAAAGGAAUACGAGAGAAGACAGGGAAGACGGUGGCCGUCGCUCGCGUGCCCGCAAUAAUGCCGCACGUGAGCAGCAGCGGCGGCGGCGACGAUCUCGGCAGCGAAGACGAGGUCAAGGUCUUCAAGGAUGAGGGCGAGGAGGAGAAGAGGUCCUCGGAGAACCUCACCGAGGACAAGAGCGAUCUCAUUGAUCUUACCGAGUCUGAGGAAAAGGGCACGCUCGCCGGAGGGACCUACGCUACGGGAAAAACGUCGGCGAGAUCCGACCUCAGUCCCGUUUUCGGAAAGGUGGAUCCGACACCGCACACCUCCUCGUUCAACAUGGGCUACCUCGUCUCGCCGUAUCCGUAUCCCAACGGAGCCGGAGGACCUAUCCCCGUUUCUAUGGCGAGUAAGAUGGGUCUGGCGGGGACGCAUCCAAGCGGGUUACCCUUUUUCUGUCCGAAUGGAGACCACCUGACCCAACCACCUCCCGCCCAUAUGGGUAUACCGCCCUACGGCGCAUUGGACGCGGGUAAGGCGGCCGCCGCGGCUGGUCUUACGAGAGCACCAAUGUACCCCUUCUCAACGGGUCAAUACCCAUAUCCCAUGCUUAGUCCAGAAAUGACGCAAGUCGCGUCCUGGCACACACCGAGCAUGUAUCCCAUCUCGCCGGCAAAUGCGGGUUUCCGAAGUCCAUAUCCCACGAUACCCAUCACAAGUUCUAGUUUACCAAGUGAUCUCUACCGGUUUUCACCGACGGGCCUUAUGCCUCCGCAUCCUGGUCUGAGUCCACACGCACAUGCGUUAGCGUCACAUGCGUUGGUAUCCUCAGCACCGAAGGCGGAUCACUCCACCUUGGAUCACAAUCACAGGUCAAUGAUAGAACAGAAAAAUUCCACAUCGUUACCUACGGACAAUGCGAAAGCUCAGGACACGGGACAACAAAACAAUCAAGAUAAAAAGAAACCCCAUAUAAAAAAGCCUUUGAAUGCGUUUAUGCUGUAUAUGAAGGAAAUGAGGGCGAAGGUUGUGGCAGAGUGUACCUUAAAAGAGAGUGCCGCGAUCAACCAAAUAUUGGGAAGACGAUGGCACUCGCUAAGUCGGGAGGAGCAGGCGCGGUAUUAUGAGGCGGCCAGGCAGGAGCGCCAUCUGCAUCAGCAACGAUAUCCCGGCUGGAGUGCUAGGGAUAACUACGGAUAUGGCAGCAAGAAGAAGAAGAGGAAGAAAGAGCGAUCCGCAGAUCCCACCGGAGGUAAUAACAUGAAGAAAUGCCGUGCCAGGUACGGAUUAGAUCAACAAAGCCAAUGGUGCAAACCCUGCAGACGUAAGAAGAAAUGUAUCAGAUACAUGGGGGAGGGAGGAGACGGCGACGGUGAAGCUGACGGUGAAGCUGAGGAUGAUCAUUCAGAGGAUAAUCUGGGUAGCGUAGGAGAGGCGGGGACUCCUGAGGAGGACGAAUCUUUGAGUAGUCCCGGGGGCCUAUCCGCGUUGUCUAGUCUGGCGAGUCCUUCGUUGGUCUUACCAUCGCCCUCAAGUCUGGCCAGUCCAUGUCCGUGCCCGUGCCCGUUGACGCCCCCGAUGCCGCCUCCACCUCUGUCAAACACGAACCAGCCGCCGGCGGUGACAACGACGACGACGACGACAACAUCGGUGGCGGCGGCGGCGGCAGCGGCAGCGAUGGCAAUGGCAGGAUCGGCAGUGACAUCAGCGGCAAUGCAACAACAGCAACCGCAACCACCUCCGCAGCCUCACCGCAACCCCGUCGGCACGAAUCCUCACGACAUUAACAAUCCGCUCAGCGUGAACCAGCUGACCGGACAGUGUAUAAAAAGCGAGCCCGCACCUUCGGGCCCUUCCAACCCGGCAAUCAGUGUUACGUAGCCCCGGCCGGACCCACGUGACCGAACUGUUGCUACACGCGGUGUCAUCUAUAGGGUCCGUCUACGUAUGCACGCGAUAAGAAGGCUGGAUAAUGAAGAACCGACUGAAAUGAUGAUAGAAACAAAGAAAGGAACUUGGCGAAUGAGAAACCAAAUAAGAAUCGCUUUCGUCGUUUAGCGUUUCUUUCAGUUCCGAUCUGAUUUGGGGGGAGGGGGGGGGGAUUUGACAGAGGCUCAAGGAGACUAUAGUAUUUUCGAGAUGCCUGAAGGUAAUUCGAGUGGUUACUUAGUCGAGUUAGAUAGCAGUCUACAAUCGAAGCGGUACUGUUGAUGAUUCGAAUUUGAACAUGCGGAAUCAUCGUGCGAAUCUUCCAUCACCAUUAUGGAUUGAUAACGUUACCUUCGAUUAUUUUCUCCUGGCCUCACUCUUAUCCAUUCGCCGAAAUAGAGAUCAUCCAAAGUCGGGAAUAAUGAUCAAGACGUUAUUAUACGUGUUAACGAAAGAACAGAAAUAAAUACUAUGUGCAGAAAUACUCAGGACCAAGUAUUUGGUUGUAGUCACCCGCUCAGCAAAAAGACAAAUGUAAGCGAGAUGUAAGCGAGAUGUAAGCGUGAGAGAAUAUAUGUGCAUGUAUGCUUGCGAAGCUGGGGAAGAGCAAGGUGCACGUCUGAUAAUAAUGCGACAGAGAAAGCAAGCUCAUUGAAAGUGCGCGUGACGCAGCUUGUAGUCCUUGUUACGUUGUGAUGCCAAUGACUGAGAGUCAUGUUCCUGUGCCAGCUACUAUACUCUAGGAAAGUAAUUAUAUUGCGGAUAAAUAGCUAAAAGCAUAAAGCGGAGGAGCCGCAAGAAAAAAAAAA